AUGAAACCCUCCGAAAAGUCACCAGAGCUCCUCACAACGAACAUCAAGCGUCCUACAAAACCACAGCACCUUCCAAUGAAAGUGAAGAGUGAAAGCACUGCCUCUAUGUUCGAUGAGUUGAAAGCAAAAAAACGAGAGAAAGCCCGACAACGUCGUAAGACUUUAGCACUGAAUAAUUCCCGUAUCUCCUUUGAUGGCUCUUCAUCGGUUAAAAAAGAAAAGAGCCCUGAGGAAGUGAUAGCAGACUAUUCGAAGGAAAUUGAUGCCCUUCAAAAUGAAAUUAAAGUUGCUCGUGAACGGUGCAGUGCUAUCGUUGACUCGCAGCAAAACUGGAAAACGUUCUUAGAAGGUUUUGAAGCCCACCGGAACCAAAUGUUGCAUUUAAAAGAGAACUUAGACAGUGUCAUUACCAGAGACAUUGGGUCCAGAGCUGACGUAGAGGAAAGUUCUGAGUUCAUGGGGGACGUUUACUUGAAGUCUUUUGAUAACUUUGCGGAGCAAAUGCGCACGACUAAGGUGUUAUUUGAGUCUCUCAAAAACUACAUAGAGAAGACGCAGAACUAUCAAAAGGUGCGCAGUGAGUUUGACAAAUUGAUAGUAGCCUUCACCACUGCUGAUGGGAAGUUACAAAAGAUGAACAAAGAGAAGCGCCCUGAUAUUAAUAAAGUGGGACAAUUCCAGCAACAAAAAGAGGAAGCCUUCACUGCUUUAGAGAGUGAAGGAGAGAAAGCUGUAGAUGCAUAUGUAGAGAUGUACAACCUCUUUUUAACCAGUUUAUUACACAGCUCUGUGGACAUUUCUGAUAAGGUACAGCGUGAAGUGGACAAUUGGAAGAAGAUGGUGAAAGACAAAGGUGAGAAGUUGAAUGUCUGGAAGACACUGAACAUUGGAGAGACUGUCAAAAACACGUCAGACGAGUUUCCAAAGUGGAUGGAAGAGUUUCCGAUAUUCAUUCAUAUAUCAGAGGAAGAGAAUCAUAUGACUAAAUCAAUGGAACAAUGCGUGGUCAAAUAUGCCAAGUCACUCUUAUGUAGUCCUACAUUAGCAACUUCAGGAUUGAGCAUGGCUGACAUCAAUUUGAUAUUCUCUGAUAUAGAAUCACUUCACAUGCUUCAUGGUGAAAUAGUGAAUGACAUAUUAAUCUCAAAGCCAGAGACAUUCAUCGACAUCUUCUACACUCGAAUAGGGAAGAUCUAUGAAGUCUAUAAACGACGAUGUAGACGCUUCAAAGACACUAUGAAGAAGCUUAACGAGUGCCUUAAAAUCACUCAAUUUAAAGAAACUGUAGAGUCCAUUAAUAAUCAAAACGCAGACCAACCAAAGCUCAUAGAAUUGUUAACUCUGCCUUUCACCAAUUUGAACAAUUUGCACCCAUUUUUCACGAUCUUGAAAAACGACUUACCUGAGG